UCAGAAACGGAAAUCAGUUCAAUUGUUCGUAUAUCAGAAAUAAAACGAAUCUCCAGCGUCCUUGUCUCUAAACCCUAUGCUAUAGAAGAAGAAGAAGAGACAUGCGUAUCCAUCGAAGCUCUGGGCACUAGUGUAUAAUAUCGAGUGUUUGAAACCGGGGAUGGUUGGAAUCAUGGCUUCGUAUUCAAGAGAAAGGCUUGAAGGUCUCGCGAGUUCCGCCAAAUCAGCCACGGAAUUGCCUCCGAAGCUGCAACGCUUGCGCAAUCUGCGCCGGGAUUUGCAAAGAGACGAACCCGUUUUUCCCACCGAGCUGCUUCCUCACCUUUUCGAUCUUCUCUCCGAUCAAUUUGGCGCUGUUCGCAAGUUUGUCGCCGAGAUACUUGGUGAAAUUGGAUUGAAAUAUGUAGAAUUAUUACCUGAAAUAGUGCCCAUUUUAAUUAAGUCUCUAGAAGACGAGACUCCAGCUGUGGCCAGGCAGGUCAUUUCUUGUGGAGCUGACUUAUUCCGUUCCACCCUCGAAAAAGUGGCAGUUCAGGGUUUGCAUUCUAGUGAGUUGAAUGAUCUUCUUGAAUCUUCGUGGACAUGGAUGAUUAAGGUUAAGGAUGAAAUAUGCUCAGUGGCUUUCAAGCAAGGAAACAGUGGUGUUAAAUUAUGCGCUAUGAAAUUUGUGGAAGGACUUAUUCUUUUGUAUACACCUCAUGAAGUUACCUGUCCUGAAGGAAGUGAAGCAGAUUUUAAUAUAACUAUCCUUCGUGGGGGACAUCCUGUUUUAAAUAUUGGAGACUUGUCGAUUGAGGCCAGCCAGAAAUUGGGUUUACUGCUUGAUCAGCUUAGGCACCCGGCAGCUAAAUCUCUAAAUAGCUCAACGAUUGUUGUUCUCAUUAAUAGUCUUUCAUCAGUUGCAAGGAAACGUCCUGCAUAUUGUGGACGUAUUCUACCUGUUCUACUUAGCUUGGAUCCCCUAAGCUUUCUCAAAGGAGUGCAUGGCGCUGCAGCAAAUCUUGCCUUGAAGACUGUAUUUCUCUCCUACUUGAAAUGUACACAUCCCGCUGCUGCACCGUGGAAGGAUCGGUUGAUCGGUGCUCUUAAAGAAAUAGAAGGUGGAUGUCGGGCAGGCAAAGCUAAAGAUAUUUUUUACAAGACUAACGGAAGCAUUCAGGACAAAGACAGUACAGAGGAUACCAAGGUAUCUGUGGACGAUAAUCCUCUAUGUGCUAGUUCUGAUGUUGCGGAAAGUAACUUUGGUAGGAAAAGAUCUGGAUCAGAAUACAAUAUUGAUCUAAAUGGAGAUGCGUUGAAUGGAAAACGUGCAAGAAUAACACCUUCUGUAUCAGAAGAAUCGACCGACGGAUUAAAUGGUAAUGAUGGUGGCUCUCUACCUCGGGUUGCUGCUACCUCAACCGGACCAAGUAAUAGCAGAGGAGUGAGUGAUACUGGACCGGUUCAGCAAUUAGUUGAUAUGUUCGGAACCUUGGUUGCUCAGGGUGAAAAAGCAAUUGGAUCUUUGGAGAUUCUUAUUAAAAGUAUUUCUGCGGAUUUGCUUACUGAUGUUGUGAUGGCUAAUAUGCAUAACAUUCCACCAAAUGGUUCUUCAUAUGCUGAUGGAACCAAUGAGUUGGUGAUGAAUAUGGGUAUAGUUGGUAGUGAUGCGCAAAUUAAAUAUCCCCCAUCAUUUGUAGCUGCUGUCCUUUCACUGUCAACUGCGUUCCCACCAAUUGCUGCUCUGAUAAAUCCUCGCAUACCGAAAACUGAAAAUGAAGAUGAAGAAGUCUUUGCUGUUCAUGUGGACCAGCAGAUGUUUCCUGCUGAAGAUGCAGUUCUUGAAACUGGCUUAUUAGCUUCUUCUGAUGCCUCUUUUCCAGAAAAUGAAGAUGACAGUAAUGUGUUUCCACCAAACGUGCAUUAUAUAAAGAAUAUAGAAAGUGGAAUCCCUGGAUUGGUCUCUUCUGCUCAACUUGAUGACAGUACCAUGAAUGUGGAGACUGCAACCAAGAAUCAAAAUGCGAGUUUCAGUGGAAAUCUUCUUGUCGAUGCAAUUCCUUCAAUGUCUGUGGAUAAGUCUGAGGAAUUUAGUCCAAAGGCGGCUGCCACAGAUUCCACCAGCUUGGUUUUGUCAACUGCAACUUCAGUUGCUUCUGCGCCCCAAUUUGUCUUGCCUAAGAUAUCAGCACCUGUUGUCGACCUUUCUGAUGAAGAGAAAGACAGUUUGCAGAAGCUGGUGUUUUUGCGCAUUGUUGAAGCAUAUAAACAAAUAUCAAUGUCUGGUGGUUCACAACUCCGUUUUUCUCUUCUUGCUCAUCUGGGAGUUGAGUUUCCUUCAGAGUUAGACCCUUGGAAAAUAUUACAGGAGCAUGUUUUGUCGGAUUAUUUGAAUCAUGAGGGACAUGAGCUGACUGUGCGGGUUCUUUACAGGCUAUACGGGGAGGCAGAAGCAGAACAAGAUUUCUUCUCGUCAACUACUGCUGCGUCUGCAUAUGAAAGUUUCUUGCUGACUGUGGCUGAAGCACUUAGGGAUUCUUUUCCACCGUCUGACAAAUCUUUAAGUAAAUUGCUUGGAGAUUCUCCACAUCUGCCCAAAUCAGUUCUGAAGUUGUUGGAAUCGUUUUGCUGUCCUGGAAGUGGUGAAGAAGUUCAAAAGGAUUUACAGAAUGGAGACCGAGUUACUCAAGGUCUCAGUGCUGUUUGGAGCCUUAUUUUAAUGAGACCUGGAAUCCGGAGUGACUGCCUGAAGAUUGCGUUGCAGAGUGCUGUUCAUCACUUGGAAGAGAUUCGCAUGAAAGCAAUCCGCCUGGUGGCAAACAAGCUCUAUUCUAUAUCAUUCAUUACGCAACAGAUUGAAGAAUUUGCAAAGAAUAGUCUAUUUUCCGUCGUAAGUUGCAUUUCUUCAGAGAGAGGAGAUGCUGAAACACGGAUUGAUGAUUGUAAUAAGAAGGAUCUUGAUCUGAAAAGUCCACCAAAUAAACCACAGCCCGUUAUUAGUGGUAUGGAUAUGCCCUCUGAAGCAACAUCAUCAGCUUCACUCUCUGAAGCUCAACGCUGCCUGUCACUCUAUUUUGCUCUUUGUACAAAGAAGCACUCCCUUUUUGUUCAUGUGUUCAGCAUUUACAAGAAUGCAUCAGAUCCUGUUAAGCAGGCUAUUCAUCUUCAAAUCCCAAUACUAGUUCGUACUAUGGGCUCAUCCUCUGAGCUUCUUAAAAUUAUAGGAGACCCACCAAGUGGGAGUGAGAACCUUCUAAUGCAGGUUCUUCAAACCCUCACUGAGGGGCCCACGCCUUCUUCAGAAUUGGUACUUACUAUAAGAAAGUUGUUUGAUACAAGAAUAAAGGAUGUAGAAAUUCUUUUCCCAAUUUUGCCGUUCCUGCCAAGAGACGAUGUUCUACGCAUUUUUCCACAUAUGGUGAAUCUUCCUAUGGAGAAAUUCCAAGUUGCACUUUCUCGUGUGCUGCAGGGAUCAUCUCAGUCUGGCCCAGUGCUUUCUCCAUCUGAAGUUUUAAUUGCUAUCCAUAGCAUUGACCCAGCAAGAGAUGGAAUACCACUUAAACAGGUCACAGAUGCAUGCAAUACCUGUUUUGCGCAGAGGCAGACAUUCACUCAACAGGUUUUAGCCAGCGUUCUGAAUCAACUGGUCCAGCAAAUUCCAUUGCCAAUGUUAUUCAUGCGUACAGUUUUACAAGCUAUCGGUGCUUUUCCAGCUCUGUCCGACUUCAUCCUGGAGAUCCUCUCUCGUCUUGUUAGCAAACAGAUAUGGAAAUAUCCGAAACUGUGGGUUGGGUUUUUGAAAUGUGUACAGACAACACAGCCUCAAUCAUACAAGGUCUUACUACAGCUUCCUUCACCUCAACUGGGAAAUGCAUUGACUAAAAUCUCAGCAUUAAGAGCUCCACUAACCGCGCAUGCCAGCCAGCCGGAGAUUCAGUCUUCACUUCCAAGGUCUACAUUGGUUGUUCUUGGACUUGUCCCUGAUUCUCAAGGAACACAAACGAGCCAUGUGCAAGCGAAUGAGACUCAAACGAGUCGGGAACAACAGCAACAGCAAGCAAGUGAGUCACAGCAAACGAGCCAGUCUGAGCAAUUUUCUUUACCAUUAAGUCCCUCCAAAACAGAUCACCAGGAACCCAGUCAGGUAGUUGCCAGUCAGUCUCAGAAUAGUCCCAUAGGUACGGGGCGCUCUGAAAUAAGCCAGUCUCAGAACAGUCCCAUAGGUACGGGCGGGUCUGAAAUGAGUCAGUCUCAGAACAGUCCUAUAGUUACAGGCCUGUCUGAAAUGAGUCAGUCUCAGAGCAGUCCGGUAGGUAUGGGCCGGUCUGAAACGAGUCAGUCACAAAGCAGUCCUGUUGGGACUGGCCAGUCUGAAAUGGGUCAGAGCGUACAAGUAUCGGACUCGAGUGCUCCAGCACCAAUGAGCCAUACUCGAACAUCAGACUCUCAAGCGUCAAGCCAGACACAGCGUGAUGAUGAUGAGAAGACAGAGAACACAGCAACCUCUGAGAACGAGGUGACAAAAAGUGAGAAAUCAAAGGAAUCUUCUGAAGAAGAAGAAGAGUGAGUGUAACAUACUAUGACAGAUGUUAAUUUGAAUAAUCUCGACUUGAGAGAGAAGAGGAGCCUCAUAUAAGACUGUUAUGAGCUUAUCAAGGAGAUUCUUAGUAAAUUCAGGUUGCUUCUACUUCUCUGUGUCGGAGAAGAAGAGUGAUUGCAGCCUCGAUCAGGGUGGAAAAUCUUCUUCUUUCCAUGUAUUGUAGCAUUUUUUUUCCUGUUUGAAAAUGAAUUUUGUAGAUUUCAUUAUAGAUUGUGUCAUUAGCGAUUGUAUUGUUUGUGUGCCCCAGACAUUAUUUUCUUGGAUCUCAAUAAAAUUGACCACUAAUAAAAAAAAAGUCCUUUUUUCUUAAAA